AUGGACUUUGCAUUAGAGCCCAUCCCAAAACCCAAAGCAGAUUCCGGGGGCUACACACUCAACUCCGAGCGGAGGACUCCUCUUGCCGAGGUUGAAAAUGAGAAAUCGUUGAACCGAAAGUUCCGGCGAUACAAGCGGUUAGGACCCGAGUCAACGUUCUGCCCGGAUAUCUGGUCAUGUAAGAUAGGCGUUCAACUUCAGGUUCUCCGACAUCCCACAAUUUGUCUGAGCCAAAUUGGUGAUAUGACACAGGACACAUCGCUGAUGCAUUGUCGAGCGUCCCCUCCGCCUAUUCCCUUGCUCCUGCCGUUCGUUCGUGCUCUUUGGGAUCUAGCUAUCUGCCAGCAGAUUCGUCAUGAACAUCUUGCUAUAGCCGCCGAAUCUUCUGGCGUCGGGCAAAGUGUAGCUCAAGAAGAGCCAGAAGAGUUUCCUGUUGAACACCGUUCGGUGCGAUUAUCUGAUACGGUUCCAUCAAGAAACACUGCUAUGGCUCAUCGUCCUACGCCCCGCUGCCACCAUUGGCGUCAUCGACUUGACGAAUGUAAAUCGAUUUCAAGUCUUCGGAGCCCACACCCUGCAAAGCGACACAAGAAGUAA